CGAGGACACUAUUUCCUAAAUAAAAAUAGUAUACUUAUUAUAAAUAAUUAUGGACGAAGCAAAAAAAACUGAAAGAAAAAGAAAAAGAUUUGCUGCACGCCUAAAAAUUUCUAAAGGAAUAAUAUGUUCCGAAGGUUCUGAAUCAAAUAUAGUUUUAUGUAAUGUGGGCCAAGCAACUGGCUUUGAAAAACAAGAUGUUGUUAAGAUGUUAAAUAUACUACCAAGUGUAAAGCUGAAGAACUUUAUAGCGGAAAAAGGAGAAUCGCAUUGUUUCAUAGUUUUCCAUAGUUCAGAAAAUGCGAAACUUUUCUAUGAUGCCUACAAUGGAAAAGAAAGGGCAGGCAAUGUACCAAUUUAUAUGAAUUAUGUUAAGAAUGUGCCAAACUCCGAAGUUGUAUGUACGUCAAACGAUCCUGAGGGAUUAUAUUUGUUAACAGAUUUCAUAUCAGAAACAGAGGAGAGAGCAUUUUUGCAACUCUUUGACUGGAUUGAUGAGUCAAAUCUGAAGAAUAGACAAGUAAAACAUUUUGGCUAUGAAUUUAGAUAUGGAAGUAAUGAUGUUGACUUGAGUUCACCUUUGUCUGAGAAUAUACCAGAGGAAUGUAACAUUCUAUGGGAAAGGCUAAGCAGUUAUGGAAUUGAAUUUAGAAUACCUGAUCAACUGACAGUCAAUAAGUAUAGUCCUGGGCAAGGGAUACCGUCCCAUGUUGACAGACAUAGUCCAUUUGAUGAUACAAUACUGUCAUUAUCUUUGGGUUCUUCUGUGGUCAUGGAUUGGAAGCAUCAUACUGGCAAAUAUGUUCCACUUUCAGUCCCAGCUAGAUCACUAUUAGUGAUGCAAGGGGAUGCAAGAUAUGACUGGCAACACGGUAUUCAACCAAGAACAUGGGACCCCGUUAUUGAAAUUCGUAAUUCAAAUACAUCAGAACAAGUCAGAGUACUAACAAAUGACACAGUAAUGAGACAAAUGAGGAUAUCCCUAACUUUUCGUAAAACUAGACAGGGUAAAUGUGAAUGUGGAUACAAAAUGCUGUGUGAUAAUAAUAAGUCAGAUAUUAUUGGAGAUGAAGUAGCUUCAAAGUUAGAAGAACUUCAUGUGCACCAGGUAUAUGAACAAAUAGCUGGUCAUUUCAGUUCGACACGACACAAGCCUUGGCCAAAAGUGGUGGAAUUUCUCAAAAAUACACCACCUGGCUCCAUUGUCCUGGAUCUAGGAGCCGGAAAUGGCAAAAAUGUACUCAAGCGUAAUGAUAUUUUGCAAAUAGCGGGCGAGCGCAGCAGUGGGCUGCUGGACGAGUGCCGGCGCCAGUCGCGCGGCGUGGCGGGCGCGGACUGCGUGCGCCUCGACCUGCUCGGCGCCGGCCUGCGCGCGCGCAUCGCCGACGUCGUCAUCUGCGUCGCGGUUAUACACCACUUCAGCAACCAGGCAAGAAGACUGCAGGCUGUAUCCACGAUAGCUAAUCUGUUACGUCCCGGCGGUCGAGCUCUAGUAACAGUUUGGGCGAAAGAUCAAACAAAGUCAAACUAUCUCUGUAAGGAUAAAGAAAAUCUGGAUGCUAGCGUACAUUCAACAGUCGGAGGCCUCAAUCUACCGAUACAUGAAAACCGAACACAGUUUAAACACAAUGAUCUUCUCGUCCCGUGGAAGUUAAGAAACAUCAAGGAGAAAAAAAUUGAAAACGAAUCCAGUACAACCUUGCUACGAUACUAUCACGUUUUUGAAAAAGGUGAAUUAGAUAAAUUGUGUGAUUUACCCGAUUUAGUCGUUGAAAAAAGUUUUUAUGAGGAAGGUAACUGGUGUGUAAUAUGUAAAAAGAUUUAAUUUUUAUUUAAGCAAUAAAUGAUUUAU